AUGGCAGAGAAAAGCAAGAUCUUAUUGAUUGGAGGUACAGGAUACAUAGGAAAAUUCAUAGUAGAAGCAAGCGUCAAGGCAGGCCACCCGACUUUUCUUCUUGUCAGAGAGGCCACUCUCUCUAGCCCUGCUAAAUCCGUUCUCAUUAACAACUUCAAGAAUCUUGGUGUCAAUUUCCUCAUUGGAGAUUUGUUGGAUUAUGAGAGUUUGGCGAAGGCAAUAAAACAAGUGGAUGUUGUGAUAUCUGCCAUUGCAUAUGAUCAGUUAGAAAAUCAAAACAAGAUCAUUGCUGCCAUUAAAGAAGCUGGAAAUAUAAAGAGAUUUUUCCCAACAGAAUUUGGAAAUGAUGUCGACAGAGCACAUGCUGUUGAACCAGCAACAGCAUUAAUUGAUACGAAGGCUAAAAUUCGACGAGCUAUUGAGGCUGAAGGAAUCCCGUACACUUAUGUGGCAUCUAAUUCUUUCGCUGGUUUCUUUCUUCCAGCUUUGAAGCAACCUAGAUCUGGGGGUUUGGGUUCGUUUAUCCGACCACAUGAUCAGGCUUCAAGCAUCGAUAGCAAUUCAGGAACAACCUCGAACCAACCUGGAGCUCCUGCUGCUGCCCCUAGAGAUAAAGUUGUCAUUUUAGGUGAUGGAAAUACUAAAGUGGUUUUCAACAGGGAAGAUGACAUUGCCACAUACACUAUCAAAGCAGUGGAUGAUCCAAGAACAGUGAACAAAAACCUCUACAUUAAACCCCCUGCCAACAUCAUCUCAUCCAAUGAUCUUGUUUCUUUGUGGGAGAUGAAGAUUGGGAAAAGAAUUGAAAGGAUCUAUGUUCCGGAGGAGCAACUUCUGAAGAAUAUUCAAGAAGCUUCAGACUUUCCACGCAAAGUGAUUUUAUCGAUUUGUCACUCUUUGUUUGUAAAGGGAGAUCAGACCAACUUUGAGAUCGAGCCAUCAUUUGGCGUAGAGGCUUCUGAGCUCUAUCCUGAUGUCAAAUACACUACUGUAGAUGAAUACCUUAACCAUCAUCAUGGUGCUUGCGUCGUACAUAUCUUAGGGAUUAUCAAGAUACGAUUCAGAAUAGCACGGGACUUAAUUGCUCAAUUUCAACUUGAUAUUGUUUGCCUUUUGGAAACAGAGGUGUCUGAUAUAUCUGAUUCUAUCAUCAAUGGUAUUUGGGAUGGUUAUGACAUUAAUUAA